AUGACAGCAAAGGUUCUAGUAGUAGAUGAUGUUCUAUCUAAUGUUAAACUGUUAAAAGCUAAACUCACUGCUGAGUAUUAUACAGUGAUUACUGCUUGUGGGGGUCAAGAGGCGCUAAAUUUAGUGGUUGAACAACAACCAGACAUUGUAUUACUUGAUGUAAUGAUGCCUGGUAUAGAUGGUUUUAUGGUGUGUAAAGAAAUGAAAGAUAAUCCAAUGACAACGCAUAUACCAGUGGUGAUGGUAACUGCAUUACAUGACACAGAGGAUAGAGUAAAGGGCAUAAAUGCAGGUGCAGAUGAUUUUUUAACAAAACCAAUAGAUGAGACUGCAUUAUCUGCAAGGAUCAAAUCACUAACUCGUUUGAAGUUUGUAAUUGAUGAGCUGUGUUUAAGGGAUAAGACUAAUGCAGAAAUGAACGGGAUAAUGGAUAGGAGCUUAAUAGAAUACGCAAAUGAAACCUAUUACGGUCGUAUAUUGGUAAUCGAUGAGGAUAUGUCACAAGCGAAACGAAUAUGUGAAAUUUUGUCGAAGCAAUGUUUCCGUUUGGUAGAAGUAUUAAGCAAUCCAAUCAAUGCAUCGAGUAUUAAAGGUGAUUAUGAUCUUAUUAUUUCUAAUAUACAAUUCAAUGAAAUUGAUGGUUUACGUUUGUGUUCAGAGCUGCGUAGUAAACCGGAGACACGUUAUACACCUAUUUUGAUUUUAUCUGAUGAGGGACAUAACAAAAAUAAACUAAUAAAGGCAUUGGAAAUAGGAGUGAAUGAUUAUUUAGUGGUGCCAUUAGAUGAAAAUGAAUUAAUAGCUAGAGUGAAUUCUCAGGUAAAACGUAAGAGAUAUCAAGAUGCUUUAAGGAUGAAUCUAUCUUACAAUGCGGAGAUGUCCAUAAAGGAUCCACUAACUGGCUGCUAUAAUAGAAG